GAGAGAGACGCGCAUGUGCAGAACUGUCAAACGCAACAGCGAAAGACUGGAAACUCUGGCGCUAAUGUCACCACCACCACCCCAACACUAAAAACACGACUCGACUGAUGUGCCAUUUACGACAUUAUUUACCUCUCAACCAUGAGACCUCUGCUUAAACUACAAAGACGGCUCCGUCGUUGCGUUUUGACCGGGAAUCUACUCUGUUUCGACGCUCAGAGCUGGGCUUGCUGAAUGAAAACAGCCCCGCAGGACUUUCUGACAACCCGCCGACUGGAAAAAUGUGAUUCAGGAAAUUCAGGCGUAGUUUCGCUCGUCCGGUUGUUUACACACUUUUAUCGGCGGUUUUGUUUCUUCAUAGCCGAAUUACUCUGUCGGCCGCCGUUGUUUUGGGAUUAAACUUAAACUCUGGGUGGGAUAAGUGACACGUUGCGCGCUAAGCUAAUUUAGCAUUCAACUCGGGUGAUUUAAACGCACGAUAAUCCGUUUAGAAGACGCUGUAGCUUUAAAAGACGCCGUUCAGAGCAAAGGAUACAGGGGUAAAGUAGACUUGAAUGAUUGAUUAAACUAGCGGUGGGACUGCGUAACGUUAGUUUUGAUCUGCUUGAUUGAGACGAUCGAAGCUUCUCCGUAAAUUCUCUUUAUUUGGGAUGCCUAUAGACGGGUGUAGGUGAUGUCCAGUGACUGAACUUGAGUUAACGUUAGCAGAGGAUCAUGAUGGCUCAGCUGGAGAAUGGACGUCUGUCUUCUGAGGACACCAUGAGUGUGAGGACGUUGGGCAGUCAGUUUGAUGAGGAAAGCUCCUUCGGGUCGGACUCUGAAAUCAACGGGUUCACCAGCUCCAGACAGACCGACAAGUAUGGAUUCAUCGGAGGAGCCCAGCAGUAUUCAACCGAAAUGGCUCAAGAUGUGCCUCUGGCAGUGUUAAGACACAGGGAAGCCAAAUGGCUGGAUAUGUUAAACCAUUGGGACAAAUGGAUCAGUAAAAGGUUCAAGAAGGUGCGGCUGCGAUGUCAGAAAGGGAUCCCUCCAUCAUUGCGAGGCAGAGCCUGGCUUUACCUGUCAGGUGGAAAAGUGAAGAGAGAACAGAACGUUGGGAUGUUCAAGGAUCUGGACAGCAUGGAAGGAGACCCUAAGUGGAUUGAUGUGAUAGAGAGAGAUCUACACAGACAAUUUCCUUUCCAUGAGAUGUUUGUAUCCCGAGGAGGUCAUGGGCAGCAGGACCUGUUCCGGGUGUUGAAGGCUUACACUCUUUACAGACCAGAUGAGGGUUACUGUCAGGCUCAGGCUCCUAUUGCGGCUGUGCUUCUGAUGCACAUGCCUGCUGAGGAUGCCUUUUGGGGUCUGGUUCAGAUUUGUGAGAAGUACCUCCCUGGAUACUACAGCGCAGGCCUGGAGGCCAUACAGUUGGAUGGACUGAUCUUAAAUGCUUUAUUAAAGCGUGUGAGCCCUCCAGCCUAUCAGCACCUUGACAAACACAAGAUCGAGCCCAUCCUGUACAUGACAGAGUGGUUCAUGUGUGCGUUUUCCAGAACUCUGCCCUGGUCUUCAGUGCUCAGAGUCUGGGACAUGUUCCUCUGUGAUGGAGUGAAGAUCAUAUUCCGUGUCGGGCUGGUGUUGCUGAAGUGCAUGCUGGGAACGCGUGAGAAACUGAAGGCUUGUCCUGGGCAAUAUGAGACUAUGGAGCUUCUUAAAGCCCUGGAGCCACGAUACAUGCAGGAGGCUUUCCUUGUACAUCAGGUCAUGGAGAUGCCCAUAUCUGCUCGAGAUGUUGAACGAGAACACCGUGCGCAGCUGAAGCGCUGGCGGAAAACUCAUGGCGAGCUCAGCUACAAAUCUCCUCCCAGAAUGCACGGUGCUCAAGCCAUCAUGUCUGCCGAGCCGCAUUCCCGCCAAGACCUCCGUCAGAAGCCCACUAUUGUUGUUGAGUAUCCCCUCCCUUCAGACACUACAUCUAAUUUCGCUCGUGUCAGGAGGAGAAGCACUAUCCGAAAAGCCUCUAGUAAACUGGACAUCCCCAACCCAUAUGCCCUUCCCACAGACACCCAACCAGAAGUAGAAACGGCCUCAAACAAUCAGUCCAGCCAUCCUCCUUCAUCACUACAGCAAUCACACCUCACUACACCAGCGGGAAAAUCCACAUCUACCCCUGAUCCACCCGACUCUGUCAUUCCAACCCCAUCACAUCCGUCUCAACCACCCAAACCCCAACCAUCUCCAAUUUUUACUCACAUCUCUCCACCUUCUCAAACUGCAGCAGACCCCAGACCUUCACACCCAAUGGAAGUCCCUCACCCCUCCAAGAUUGAACCGCUUCAUAACCCAAAAGACUCGAACAACACCAACAACUCGGCCCACCUUAAAGAUCCUCCACACAAUUCAAACUCAAAUCCACUUCUUAUCGAGUCCAGGCCACUUCCUCCAGAAUCCAGACAACUUCCUCCAGAAUCCAGACAACUUCCCCCAGAAUCCAGACUACCUUCCGAAUCCAGACAACUUCCUCUAGAAUUCAAGAAACUUCCUUCAGAAUCCAGACAACUUCCUCUGGAAUCCAAGCAACUUCCUUCAGAAUCCAGACAACUUCCUCUAGAAUUCAAGCAACUUCCUUCAGAAUCCAGACAACUUCCUCUGGAAUCCAAGCAACUUCCUCCAGAAUCCUGGUCGGUUCCUCCAGAAUCCAAGCCAGUUCUUCCAGAUCUUGGGCACCUUCCUCCAGAACCUGGGCACCCUCCUCCAGAACCCGGGAACCUUUCUUCAGAACCCAGGAACCUACCUCCAGAACCGAGGCACCUUCCUCCAGAACCCCGGAACUUUUUUCCAGAACCCAGGCACCUUCCUCCAGAACCCAGACACCUUCCUCCAGAACCCAAGCAACUUCACCCAGAAUCCACUCAACUGCGUGGAGAAUCCAGGGCACUUACCCCUGAAUCCAGCCCACUUACUCCAGAAUCUAGGCCACUCCCUGCAGAACCCAGGCAGUUUGCUCCAGAACCCAUACCACUUCCUCCAGAACCCAGUCAGCUUCCUCCCGAAUUGAGGCAACUUCCUCCACAAUCCAGGCAGCUUCCUUCUGACUCCAGUCUAUUUCCACUUCCUCCAGAAUUCAGUCCACUUCCUCCAGAAUUUAGUCCACUUCCUCCAGGGUUCAGUCCCCUUCUGCCUCCUCCAGAAUUCAGUCCUCUUCCACUUCCUCUAGACUUCAGUCCUCUUCCAGUUCCUCCAGAGUUCAGCCCACUUCCUCCAGACUUCAUUCCGCCUCUUCCAGAAUCCAGUCCUCUUCAUCCAGUGUCCAGUUCACUUCUUCCUGGUGAUGCUCCUGUGAAUGGCGACUCGGCUGCUGCUCUCAAAGUUCUCUGUUUACGUAACUCAUGUGAGAGCGUGGGUUCAGAGGACACAUACCUGUAGCUCUGUCAUUGUUCAGGGAGAUUGCAGUAUUGGGAACCAGCUUUAUGAGCAUGACGGGAGGAACAUCUAUGAAUGUAUUUUGAGAUUUGGAAUUGACUGAAUCUUCACAAUUCUACUCUACUACAUCAGUAUCUUGCUUCAACUUCAGGAAUAUAUAUAAAUAAUGAACAAGAAGGAUCCAAUGACAUUAAGUCCUUAAUUUGAUGGCACCGUGCACACAUGCAACUUUUUUCAUUGUGCUGGUAGAGAAUAAACUUCAGUCAGGGUAGGGCCAUUUUUUUCCAUCAAGAAUGAAAAUGAGGCUUUGAAGAAUAGACAAAUUUUUCAAAUCUGUUUGACUUUCUUUUUUCCUUUGAACAUAAAAAAUAUAUAUUUUGUUGAAAGCUGAAAAUCAUUAACUUCCAUGGUACUUGUUUUUCCUACUAUGGAUGUAAAUGUUUUUAGCUUUCUUCAAAAUACCUUACAUUUGUCCAACAGAAUAAAGGCUUGAAACCACUUUAGGGUAAUUACAUCGUGAACAGUUUUCAUUUUUUGAGUAAUCUAUCCCUUUAAGUCUGUCCCUUACAGCCUUAUUUUCAAAUAUGGUAAAUUCUGUAUGGCAUCUAACCUGAAGUCUUUGUGUUACAAUACUCAAAACAAUUAUUUUCAGUUAUAAGCAGAACAGGCUUUAUAAUCAACUACGUUUGGCUAGUUAUUGUGUUAUUCGCUGCUUAACAAUGUUAGGUCACUUUUUGCGAGAUGAUGAUGAAGAUAAUGUAAGACUCUCCAGUCUAAGAGUCUUACAUUUAUAACCGUUCUUUUGAGGAUCACUAUUAUAAGAGUUUGUAUUGUUUAUAUCAUGCUCACUAAACUGUUAACAUGUGUAAGUCAUAAUAGGAGCAAAGGAGCUUUUCUUGUUUCGACAUCAUGUCUGUUACCAGUUGCUAAACGCAGAUUUAAGUGAACUGAAAUAAUUAUUAGAAGCAGCUUUAAAUAUGCAAAAAAAAAAAAAAAAAAAAUUCAAACAAGUUCAACAAAACACAAUGUGCUAGAAAAUAAAAAAUGUUCAGGUCAUCCUAUAUUCUUUUUUCUUUUUUUUUUCAGUAGGACAUUAAAGAAGAUUUAUAACUAAAAUUGUUGUCCUUGAUGAUUCAUAAAAUGUAAGUCAAUGUCCAACAGCACUUUGAGAGUAAAAAAAUACAUAUGGGCAAAACAAAAUUAAUACUCGUGACAAUACAUUGAGGUCUUGUAAAGCAAAACUAUUAGCCUGUGUUAAAAACUGAACUCCUAUCACAUGAUUUUGUGUCCCAAAAUUUCAUGAAUGCACUCAGAACUGUUUGCUGUUCAGGCUGUGGAUUAAUAGUAAUGCUGUUGUAAAUAAUGUACAGUUUCUUGCAUAGACUGAGACUUGUUCUUCAGAAGUAUCAUUAAAAGCCUUCAGUAAUUCAUGUAGUUAUGUUUGUGUUUACACUUUUUUUAAUUCUCAAAGUAGCGCUAGCUGUUGACUUACUUUUUAUGAAUCGCCAGUGACCUCAGUUUAAGCUAAAAAAAUCAGCUUUAAUAUUCUAGAAACAAACAUUGAAUAUAGAGUAAAUUACCAGCAAAUCCAUUUAAUUGUUUGAGCUAUUUAUCACUUUAAAAGCACAACAGCUGGUCACAGCAAAAUUAAAAUUAAAAUGAAAACUGUGUACUUUAUUUACCCUUGAAACAUGCCGUUUAGGAGUGAAUGAUUUACAAAGUUGUCUUUUUAAAGGAGCAAUACACUUGUUUUCUUGGAUGUAGGCUCGUUUUACAUGAGUUUUAGCAUUUUUGAAUCCAUUCAGCUGAUCUCCAGGUCUGACGGGAGAACUUUUAGCUUAGCUUAGCAUAAAUCAUUGAAUCGGAUUAGACCAUUAGCAUCGCUCUCUAAAUUUGAUUGAAAUCUAUAGAAAAUGAACAUUUUAGGUCGAUAUUGCAAGGAAAUAUAUUCUCAUUCUGACGUAAUUAACGAAUUUUCACACCCGAACAGGAGUAUAGUUUCUAGCAUGUUUACAGUCAUGAAAAUAGCAACUUUUUUAGUAAACAAUGUAACUAAAGAAGAGUUAAGCUUUAUAUAAGAAAAUUAUCGUUAUUAUUAUGAAACCGAUUUAUCAAUGAUUUAUGCUAAGCUAAAAGUCCUUCCGCCAGACGUAGAUUAGCUUAAUGAUUAGCUUAAUGGAUAAAAAAAAUUGUAAAACUCAGCUGUUUAACUCUAGGGGAGUUGUAAAACGAGCCUAUUUAAGGGGAGAGUUCCUUUAAGGGUGUCUCAUACUUUUUUUAAUCCUGAGCAUUUUUUGUUUUCCUGAGAGUUUUUUUGGUUGUUCAACACAAAAAAAAAAAAAAAAUAUGAACACAUUUUAUUAAAAGAUUUGCUAAUUUCUUGUGUUUAAACUGGUCUUCCAAACAGUAUAUGUGAUUUGUCUGUUUAACACGUCUGAUAUAUUUAUGUUGUUGCUAAUAUGAGAGAAACUGAAGACUGUAAACCUUUUUCAUCUCAAGCCUCCAGAUGGCGCACUUUCCCUACAAUUCAUCCAUUUCAUUUACUCAAACGUCUGCUAUAACCAUGUUACAUUGGGAAUUUAUUUAGACUCGUCAUCAAUCAUCAUCUGCGUAGAGAGAAAUGUUACAAAACAGCUACAACUUUAUUUUUCCUCACAAACACUUGAUUACAAGUUAUAGGGAGUUAUAUUUUGUCCCGUUUUAAUAAUAGCUGAGACAUUCGGACAGUUUUUGUGAAAAUUUUCAGCUGCAUCUUAAUAUUUUUGUUGAAAUUAUGGGAGCACUGUUUGCAUUUUGUUUGUUUUUUCGAUUAAUACUUUGGCAAAACACUUUGGUUUAUACGUCUAAUAUAUAAUCAAUCAACUGACUGUCGCAUAUAGAUUUUGUACAAAUAAAAGCACUUCUAAUAAUG